AUGGCCAACCACACCGGAUGGGUGGAUUUCAUCCUGGUGGGACUCUUCAGUCAGUCUGAACACCCAGCUCUCCUUUGUGUGGUCAUUUUUGUGAUCUUCCUGAUGGCCUUGUCUGGAAAUGCCAUCCUGAUCCUGCUGAUCCACUCUGACAGCCGCCUCCACACCCCCAUGUACUUCCUCAUCGGCCAGCUGUCUGUCAUGGACGUGAUGUACAUCUCCGUCACUGUGCCCAAGAUGCUCCUAGACCAGGUCAUGGGCGUGGAUGAGAUCUCGGCCCCUGGGUGUGGGAUACAGAUGUUCCUCUAUUUGACACUAGUGGGUUCCGAAUGUUUUCUUCUAGCAGCCAUGGCCUACGACCGCUAUGUGGCCAUCUGCCAUCCUCUCCGUUACUCUGUCUUCAUGAACCACAAGGUGUGUCUCCUUCUGGCCUCUGGGUGCUGGUUCCUGGGAUCGGUGGAUGGCUUCAUGCUCACUCCCAUCACCAUGACCUUCCCCUUCUGCAGAUCUCGGGUGUGUCUUCUUCUGGCCUCUGGAUCUCGGGAGAUCCGCCACUUCUUCUGUGAGGUCCCCGCUGUAAUGAUGCUCUCCUGCUCGGACACCGAGAGACGAAAUUCUCCUUGA